AUGCUAUUCCCUCAAGAUUUCGAAGAUGACUGGAGAGCUGGCGGCGGCCGUGACGCAGAAAAAGCCUGGCUCAUCCUGUUGAAGAUGGUGGUGAAAGGGACACUUGACAGGACUACAUCGGAAAGGCUCAAGAAGAUCCUGAUAUCAGAAUUGCCACACAAGGACGUAUUAUCACUAGCUGCAAAGGUGAAAGACGACAUCUUUCAUGGCCGGCUCGCUACGUUUUGCGCGACUCCGCUGCUUCAGCUCAUGCACUUUAUACUAGUGAAGACCUUAAACGAGACUGUCAACCGUAAGACUAAGCAGAUCCGGGAAUUCUACUUCGACCCUACCAUGCGUCGCAAUCCCUUCACGCUGACGGAGAAGUCUGUUAUAUACCCGUACUCUGCCACCCAGCUCAAAGUCGUCAUUGUCGGAGGCGGUCCGACAGGCCUCAGUGCGGCCAUCGCACUGGCAGAGAAAGCCGGCAACAGGGUUCAAAUACACAUUUAUGAGAAACGAUGUCGUCAAACGGCGGGCACCGUAUCCUUCGAUGACGUGACCGACUUGAUGAGCAAGGCGACGCGCGACGCCCUCUUUGAAGGGCAUCCAGAGAGGGAGUUCAAGUGCAUUAUAUACCUUCACCCCGAAGACAUGACGAAGGAGCGAUUAAAGGACUGUGGUGACUUCCACCUGCUACUCGGCGCAGACGGCGCAGGGUCCUGGGUACGUAAGGAGUAUUUUAAGAACGACGACGAGGAGCGAGCGAGGACUUGUGCUCUAGGAAUCGGGAUCAACCGCUCAGAAGGUCUGCCGCGCCUGCAGGCUUUGAAUAUCUUCCUGACGCUGAUCCAGACGCGGUACCUGCUUAACGCAAGUGACGUAGACGGAAGAGGGUACCUGAACAUGCAACUCACACAAUCUGAAUGGCGCCAGAUGCGCAGGUUAGACGGGAAGGGUUGCGACUUCGCGAACCCCGGCCGUAUACGCGUCAGGGGCAAGAUACCCGAGGGGUAUACAGAAGGCCAGCUCUUCAAGCCAUCCGAGUGCCGCGAGCACCCCUUGUGGAUUGCGAUCCGAGAUGGAAUCAAGCUGUUCGGCUUCACCGAAGACGAUGUGACUGACAUAGUCCGGAUCCCCAUCGCGGUACGAGGAGUCAAGACUGCUGUCAAGUUAUUGCCUAUGAAUGACCAAGACAAGCCAGCUCGCCCAGGUGGCUUAGUAUCUUUAGCUGGUGACGCCGCCAUGCAAGUCCACUUCUGGCCCGGCCGAGGUAUGAAUAGCGGCAUCAAGUCAGCCAUAGCGUGGGCCGACGAAGUCGUCCUUCUACUCAACCAUAAUCAGCUUGUUGGCCUGUCCCCGGCUAUGUUUUCAUCGUACAAUGAUUUCCUACAGCGGCUCAAAUGCCGUGAGCACGACUAUCGAAGUUUGCUGCUCGUGCGCCAGACCGAGAAGUUCACCGAGCAAGACCCGCGGAGCUUGACUGCUGACGGCCGCGGUCUUACGGCCAAUCCUCCCGCGCUCGACUUGAUAAUCAAGCUGAAGGCGACAUCCGAUCGCCUGCAGAAGAGGAAAGGAUGGCAGUUUCCGCCCGUGUACCACUUGGAGCGAAGGACCCAUCGUAUCCUGUACCAGCUCGGGUAUCGCACGAGGAUGGAGAUGGCUUCCUCGGGGCCGUGGCCAGAUAUGCCCGGCGAUGAGGUCCUGCCUCCGCGGUCUGAUACACGGGAGGGAGUAGCAUCGGGUAGGGUUAGACGUAGGGCCGGACGAAAUCCCCAGAGAUCAAGAUAUCAUUGA